GACCCCUUCUUCUAAACAUAAAACGUUCUUCUUCCCCAUUAUACCAGCCAUUUUCAAGACCUUUGAAGGUGGGUAUUGACUUUCAAUUUUCUUUAGCUUGAAGAGGGUUAGGAAUGACAAACACCAAGUUGAAUAAAUUGUGCAUGGACGAAGAUGAUCCAAUGCUCUAUGCUGAAGUGCGAUGCAAAUAUGGUAUUUUGCUGCAAAUGCAAACUUCUUGGUCAGAUCGGAAUCUCGGAAGACGAUUUUGGUCUUGUCCUCACUAUGAGGCCAUAAAUUGCAAAUUUUUUAAAUGGAGAGACAACGAAAGAGUUGAUGAAAGAUCAAAGUUUAUUUUUCCAAGAUUGGUAAACAAAAUUAAAGAGUUAGAAGAAAAUUACGACCGUCUUAAACUGCAUUUGGAUGAGCUUGAAGAUUCAAAACAGAAUGUUAAUUUGAAAGAGAAGAGUGUGAAGGAAAAAAAUAGAAGGAACUUAUGUGGAAAAAUCAUUUGGUAUAUUAUGGUUUUGGUAGUUGUUGUGUUUGUUAGCAGCUUAAUCCAAGUUGGCAACUUGAAGAAAAAUCAAAUAGAGUUGCCAUAGUAGCUGGUUGUUGUAGUAAUAUAAGAUCAUUUUGGUUGUUGUUGUAAUAGAAUAUCAUUUUGGUAUUGAUAUCGGAUAGGGUAAGUUAGAUGUGGUUUGGUUGUGUACUUUAUUUUGGUAUUAUAAUGAAACAUCAUUUUGGUUUUGUAUUA